AUGUCUACUGAAAAUAAUAAGAAGGUGGAUGAAAUAACAUUACCAGAAAAGACCGAUCUCAGAUUUAUACCAGCGUAUUUCUAUGACGAAUUGACAAGUACAUGGGACGAAAAGAAGGAUUGGAGCAAUACUAGUGUAACAUAUAAUUCCGAGGAGCUAAAGUGUGCUGCUUUUAAUGUCUUGUUUGAUAUUUAUCAGAAUAAUAUUGUGUAUAGUGAUAUUCGAUACAGUGUUCAAAUCAGAAUGUUGGAAAAACUUCAAUUGGAUGUCUUGACUCUGUGUGAAAUGACUCCACAAUAUCUUGCAAAACUAAUGAGUGAGAAAUGGGUCAGAGAUCACUAUUACUUAUCGGAAAUUGAAGUGGGUGAGAAGAAGGAUUCUGGCCAUUCUACAGUCUUUCCCUAUGGUAAUUUGAUCAUGUUAUCGAAACACAAAUUUACCAAUGUCAGAUUUCUCAAAUACAAGUUUGCUUACCCAAGUAACUUUUCCAGAAGGGUCAUUCUUUCAAUUGCUGAUUACAAGACAUCAGAAGAAGAAUGUGUUAGAAUUUGUUUCGGAUCAGUUCACUUGAAAGCCAAGAAGGAAUGUUUUGAAGUGAGAAAGAAGCAAGUUGCAGAAUUAUAUGAACUAGCCAAGCAACUCACUAAGAAUACAUGUAAUGAGCUGAUCUAUCUGGGAGAUUUUAACUUGAAUAUGCCAUUUGAGACCAAUUUCAUUACUCACAUUAAGGAAUUUUCUGAUUUGUGGAUUGAUAUUCAUACAGCAAAUGGAGACAAGGGAUACACAAUGGAUGGUAAGACAAAUCCAAUGUUAGGAAAGAUGAGUGCUGCCGAUGCUGAUAAACAAUUACGUUUGGAUCGAGUAGUACAAUGGAAAACAUCAGAAUCUAAGCUCUCCUGCACUGCUAUACGAUUAUUUGCAACUAAUUCCAUCAAGAAGUUAUUGAAGAAUAAGCUAUUGUUCUCGGAGGAGGAAAGUCAGAGGUUAUCUUUCAUCACCAAAGAUUACUUGUUUUGCAGUGAUCACUAUGGUAUCUAUUUUACUAUGAAGCCAAAGUGUUCAUUGGACCAACAACAACAAUUAUCAUCGAGCGAUAGUAAAUAA